GUGAGGUAUCUGCCAAUCAUACUAAAUGCAGCAUGACUCUAGCAUACAGGGAAAUGUUGCCUGGAAGGUUUAAGUCAGGGAACCUAUGCAGACUUCCCUUUUCUCCACCUCAGACUUGCACAGCGUCACCCUGCCAGUUGCGCCCUUUAAAGUGAAGAGAACGUGACAGUAGAAUCAAAAUGAAUCUAAAAUCACAGUAGACUGCGGCAUCAUCAGCCUUGUUUAAUCAGUGUUUGCUCUACUGAUGAAGAAUGAAAUUUGCUUCGGCUGGAUGAGCAGGUGAUGGCAGCUGUUACGGAGCUGCUUUUGGAAACACUGGAGGAUCUUGGCGAUGAAGAGCUCAGGAUCUUCAAGUGGUUUCUACAGCAAGGUGAAAUCCUCGAAGACAUUCCAGCCAUCCCAAAGAGCCAUCUGGAGAAGGCUGACAGGCUCGACACACUAGAGCUGAUAGUGCAGACUUACAACGAACAGUCGGUGAAGGUGGUCAAGAAAGUGUUGACAAAGAUCAACAGGAAUGAUCUGGUACAGGGUUUGUCCGACAUCGGCUCAGGACCCAAAUAUUUGCUCAGGCAGAAACCUGACCGUCCAGAACUCAUCGAAUCAUACCAGAGCACACUCCAAUCACACCUCCAGAAUAGGUUUAUGUGUGCACAAGAGGGGUGGACAGACAGGGUGGACAAAAAGCAUCUAGAUGACAUCUACAUAGAGCUCUACAUCACAUACGGGACAACUGUAAACAUCAACAGGCAGCAUGAGGUCAGGCAGGCUGAGAUGGCAUCAAAAGAACCAGGAGGAGCAGAGCAAACAGUUCAGCCCAAUGAUAUCUUCAAACACCCUUCUGGAAAAAACACACCAGUAAGAACAGUUCUGACCAGUGGGAUUGCAGGGGUUGGGAAAACGUUCCUUGUACACAAAUUCAUCCUGGACUGGGCUGAAGGACGAGCCAAUCAAGAUGUGCAUCUCACAUUCCCCUUCACCUUCCGCCAGCUGAAUUUACUGAGGGGGAGAAGGUUUCGUUUUGCUGAGCUCGUUCACAAAUGUAUCAGGGAAACUAAAGACAUCAGGGAGGAGGACCUUAAUGACAUAUUUACAAAACUACAGGCUUCAGGGAAUACCAACUAUGACAAGAGCGAAUUCAAACUUCUGUUUGUGCUUGAUGGGCUGGAUGAAAGCCGCCUUCAGCUCGACUUCAGUUCAAACAAAAAUCCCACCGCUGAUGUGACACAGGCAGUUGGAGUGGAAGUCCUGCUGACGAGCCUCAUCAAAGGUGAACUGCUCCCCUCUGCUCGCCUCUGGAUUACCACACGGCCAGCAGCAGCCAAUCAGAUCCCUCUUGAAUUUGUUGACAUCGUGACAGAGGUGAGAGGGUUCACUGAUACACAGAAGGAGGAGUACUUCAGGAAAAGAUUCAGAGAUGAGGAGGUGGCCGAAAGAAUCAUCUGCCACAUCAAGACGUCGCAGAGCCUCCACAUCAUGUGCCACAUCCCAGUCUUCUGCUGGAUCACUGCCACAGUUCUAGAGGACACAUUGAAAAACAGUGACAAAGAAGAGCUGCCCAAGAGCCUGACUGAGUUGUACACAGAAUUCUUGGUGUUCCAGAUCAGACAGACGAAAAAGAAGUAUAGCACAGAAAAAAGCAUCCAAUACAUUAAAUCACUUGCAAAACUUGCUUUUCAUCAACUGGAAAAGGGAAACCUGAUCUUCUAUGAAAGAGAUCUCAAAGAGAGUGGCAUUGAUUUCAUUGAAGCCUCUGUGUACUCUGGAGUGUUCACACAGAUCUUUAAAAAAGAGCACCACUUGAAGAAAAACAAGGAUGAGGACAAGAUGUUCAGCUUCGUCCAUCUAAGCAUUCAGGAGUUUCUGGCUGCUGUUCAUGUGGUGCAGUCACUCAUUAACAAAAACAAAAAUGUAAUGGCCCAACAACAACACAAAUUCCAAAGUGUACAGAUGCUUUUCAAUAAACCAUCUGUAGCGCAGGUGCAAAGAAUGGCUGUUGACAAGGCUUUACAGAGUCUAGAUGGACACCUGGACAUGUUCCUCCGCUUCCUCCUGGGUCUCUUCCUGGAGACCAAUCAGAACAGCCUACAAGACCUUCUCAAACAGAUGAUAAGUACAUCAGAGGCCAAUCAGGAAACAGUGCAGUACAUCAAGAAAAAGAUCCAGAAGAAUUCAUCUCCUGAGAGAUGCAUCAACCUGUUCCACUGUCUGAAUGAGCUCAAUGACCAUUCUCUAGUGGAGGAGAUCCAGCACUAUUUGACUUCAGGAAGUCUGUCAACACACAAACUCUCUCCGGCUCAGUGGUCAGCUCUGGUCUUUAUCUUAAUGACAUCAGGGAAAAACCUGGACGUGUUUGACCUCAGGAAGUACAGUGCUUCAGAGAGAGGUCUGUUGAGGCUGCUGCCAGUGGUCAGGAACGCUCAAGUAUUCUUGUUGAGUGGCUGUAACUUGUCAGAGCGAAGCUGUGAAGCUCUGGCCUCAGUCGUCAGCUCCCAGUCCUCCAGUGUGAGAAAACUGGACCUGAGUAACAACAACCUGCAGGAUUCAGGAGUGAAGCUGCUCGCUGUUCAACUGGAGAAUGCAAACUGUAAAGUGGAAACUUUUAGGCUUAGUGGCUGUAAGCUGUCCAGGAUCAGCUGUGAAGCUCUGGCCUCAGUCCUCAGCUCCCAGUACUCCAGUCUAAGAGACCUGGACCUGAAUAACAAUAACGUGCAGGAUGAGGGAGUGAAGCUGCUUUCUGUUGGACUGAUGAGUUCACAGUGUAGACUGGAAUCUCUAAGGUUGGAUGUAUGUAACCUGUCAGAGAAAAGCUGUGAAGCUCUGGCCUCAGUCCUCAGUUCCCAGUCCUCCAGUCUGAGAAAGCUAGAUCUGAGUAACAAUGACGUGCAGGAUUCAGGAGUGAAGCUGCUCUGCACUGGACUAGGAAGUCCCCACUGCAGACUGGAAACUCUCAGGUUGUCAGGGUGCCUGGUCACAGAGGAAGGCUGUGCUUCUUUAACCUCAAGUCUAAGUUCCAAUCCCUCCCAUCUGAGAGAACUGGACCUGAGCUACAAUCAUCCAGGAGACUCAGGGGUCAAGCUCCUGCUGGCUGGAAAGGAAGAUCCACAGUGGAGACUGGACACUCUCUGUCUGGACCAUAUUGGCAUUUGCUGGUUGGAAACUGGUCUGAGAAAGUAUACCUGCGAGCUAACCCUGGACCCAAACACAGCAAACACAUACCUCUGUCUGUCUGAGGACAACAGAACAGUGACACUGAUGAGAGAGAACCAGCGAUAUCCUCAUCACCCGGAGAGAUUCAAGCACUGGAAACAGUUGCUUUGUACGAAUGGUCUGACUGGCCGUUGUUACUGGGAAGUGGAGAGGAAAGGAUGGGUGUCUUUGGGAGUGACUUACAGAGGAAUUGGAAGGAGAGGAGAAGGUGCUGACUGCUGCCUCGGCCUGAGUGACAUGUCUUGGAGCGUGUGCUGCACUCAUAACCAUUACUCUGCCUUUAACAAUAACAGAAUGACAACCAUACGUACGACUACCUCUGUUUCUGACAGAGUGGGAGUGUACCUGGACUGGCCUGCUGGCACUUUGUCCUUCUACCUAAUCUGCUCUGAGACACUGAUCCACCUCCACACCUUCCACUGUACAUUCACUGAACCUCUUUAUCCUGCGUUUGGGUUUGAGUACAUGAUUAGGUUUGAUUCCACCGUGUCUCUCUGUCAGAUUUAGGAAGGGAAAGUUGCCUCCCGUAGACAAACGCAAAUGUUGACAGACCAUUCGAGAGCACCCCCCUGAAAAAAAAAGCUGUAUCAUGUGACUGAUCAGUUGAAAGGUGUUAAUGUACUCUGUUACGGAGUGAAAAGAUCAAGGUUGUAACAUAACAUGUGCAAGUAUGAAAAUCAAAUGACUCAAAUGUUUGUAAAUCAGGAGCAUUAGAGACAAAGUGUGUUUUUUAUGAACCAUUUUAUUUGUCGUUUCUUUUUUUAACCCACUCUCAACAUAAGCAACUAGCAAUGCUGAAUUAUGGUUUACAGGUUUAAGGAUACUUAAAUGUUACAAAGUCCAAGAAAAGACCAGAGGCCUGUCUCUUACUUUCUGACUUUCCUUCUGUCUGUGGCUCUUAGCUCCAUGUCAGCUGGUUUCUAAAAACAUUUGCUGGACCUCAGUGAAAUGAAUAUAAAAAGACAUUGUUGUAAGGGAUCCUUAUGGCAGACUCAACAACUUUAUCCUCUCUGUCCUCCUCUUAGUCACACAUCCACACUGCUCUAACAUUCUUAUGGGUCUGUAUUGGUUGUCAGUGUUUGACACUACAACAAUAUUUUGAAGCUGGAAAACUUUUAUAUCUAAUGUUUGUACAUAUGUCUUAUGUAAUGUACCAGGGAUAAUGCUUUUCUUUCCAAAGGUUCAAACAUGAUAAUGGAAUAAAGGCUCGUGUCAAACAAAGUAGCACAAUCUGUCUGGAUUUCCUCUUAAGAUGCAUCAGUGGUGGGUGUACAUGUACAACAAAACACUAUUUGAUGAAUCAGGACUGAACAACAUUUUAUUCUGCACUUUUCCAGAACUUCUGUACAAUACCAACAUUUUCAAGACCUGGAAAUAAUCACUUUCCAUCAGUAAUCCAGGUUUGAUAGAGACGUAGAAGAACCCUGAUUUAAGCACAACACAACACAACCAAACAGGGAUAUGAUUUCUUCACUUCCACUUGAGGAAGUGUGUUGCAAUCAAUCACAUUUUGGCAAUCACAUAUAUUCUGCUAGGAUCUGCUUCUCAUAACCAUUCUAUAACGUAAUAAAACAAAUAAAAAGGAAUGCCCUAUAUUAGUGAUCCCAUUUGAAUCUUUUGCUACUCCUGCCAAUGGAACAAGUAUUAACAUUACACCAACAGCAGAGGCAAACUGCUCCUCUCCCCAUUAAACAUGGCUGCAGAGCUAAAGGCAGACUGGAGGACAAUGGAAGGCAGGAACAAAAUACAACGAGCGCAGCACUCUUUCUUUUGUCUGACACCUUGUCUCAACAUGUUGGAAAGCUUCUUGAUGACUGUAUAGAAAGAUCAGUAUACUAAAGUUAAACAGUCCGUAUUUGGAAUUAAGGAGCAGUUCAACAUUUGAGAAAAAAAGUAUUUCCUUUCUGGCAUAAAAUAUGUGAUUAUUGAUCCCGCUGUCAUGUCUGUUAAACAUGAAGCUACAGGCAUCAGCUUGUUAGCUUAGCUUUACACAUUUGAAAAACGAAGGGAAGCAGCUAGCUUUGCUCUGUCCAAAGGUAACAAAAUCAACCAACCAACUACUCUAAUUUGUACUAACAAGCUACUAUUCUUGGAGGUAUGAUGUGAAAUAAAAAUGGAUGUGUAAGAUUUCACUUUGUUUUUUUUUAUUUCUUGGCACAUAAUCACACUAAAAUGGCUAAUGUCAUGUUUACCCUUUGACUUUGUUCAGAUGAGCCAGUAUAUAUCGUGCAAAUCAGUGAGCAUUAGAGGUGGUGGUAAGUAUGUUUUGAUACCUUUGGACAGGAUAGUUUUCCCUGUUUCAAAUCUUUGCACAAUGCUAAGAUAAGUUAACCAGCUGCUCGCUGUAGCUUUACAUCAACUUUACAGACAUAAUAGUGGUAACAAUCACCUUAUCCAAGGCUAGGCAAGCGCACAAAAAAGUAUAUUAUAGAAAAUAUCAAACUUAAAAAAAAAAAAAAAAAAAAAUCCGAAGAUCUCGACAAAAUACC